AUGUCUACCAGCAUAACACAGACUGAAGAGCGAAAGCUCGACGCUACAGUCUCCUUGUUUUCGACUCAGCAAUCGACGACUGCAGCGACAUCGGGUACUAUCCCGGCCUCCCUAGCCACUGGCGGAUACGAGUUUCCCGGCAUUCCCAAGUUCACCGACCUAUACAAGAAGCGCCAAUGGCAGCUCGAACACAUGGCCGGCGCGUUCAGGGUGUUUGCCCGCAAGGGGUUCACAGAAGGCACAGCUGGACACAUCUCUGUCCGAGACCCUGUCGAACCGGACACCUUUUGGAUCAACCCCCUUGGGAAGCACUUUGGCAUGCUCAAGGCCAGCGACAUGGUUUGGAUUAACGAAGAAGGCCAGGUCAUCGGCGGAAACAGAGUCGCAGUCAAUGCCGCCGGCUUCAUCAUCCACAGUGCCAUCCAUAAAGCCCGCCCUGACAUCCAUGCCGCCUGUCACAUGCACUCUCGCUUCGGAAAGGCGUGGUCUGCAUUUGGAAAACCAGUUGAUAUCAUCAAUCAGGAUGCCUGUCUUUUCCACGGCAUUCAGGCAGUAUAUGAUGACUUUGGUGGUGUUGUGCUCGGCGAGGACGAAGGGACAAAACUCGUCGAGGCAUUGGGAGAUAAGGGCAGGGUCAUGCUCCUCCAGAACCACGGACUGCUGACGACCGGCGGGACGGUCGAUGAGGCUGCGUACCUGUUCACCGCGUUGGAGAGGACCUGCGAGGUGCAGCUCAUGGUCGAGGCGACCGGGUUGGAGAAGAAGACUGUGAGCGAUGAGGCGGCCGAGUUUACCCACAAGGUGAACGCUGAUCCUGAGACACUGUACACGGAGUUUCAGCCUGACUUUGAGUAUGAGAUUUGGAAGUCAAAGGGCGAGUUGAGCAAGGGAGAACAAUUCUGUGCAUGA